AUGAACUGCAGAUUGUCAGAGACCACCUGGGCUUCUCUGGUCUCAGCUCUGAAGUCUAAUCCAUCCUAUCUGAAAGCACUGGACCUUAGCUUCACCAACCUGGACCCUGGAAUGAAGGAGCUCAGUGGGUUCCUCCAGUCUCCCCUCUGCAAACUACAGACAUUGAGAUUGUGGGAAAGCAGAUUGUCAGAGAUCAGCUUGGCUUCUCUGGGCUCAGCUCUGAAGUCUAAUCCAUCCAAUCUGACAGAACUGGACCUGAGCUUCACCAACUUGGACCCUGGAAUGAAGGAGCUCAGUGGGUUUCUCCAGUCUCCCCUCUGCAAACUACAGACAUUGAGAUUGAGGCGCUGCGGUUUGUCAGAGAUCAGCUGUGCUGCUCUUGUCUCAGCUCUGAAGUCAAACCCCUCACAUCUGGAAUACCUGGACCUGAGGGACAACAACCUGGAGGAGUCAGAUGUUCAGCAGCUGCAGGAUCUUAUAGAGAGUCCAGACUACAAACUGAAGACUCUGUAAGUAGAUGGUUGGAGUGAGUCCAGCUGCUCC